ACCCACCAACAACAACACUGGGAGCCAUAAGGUGGACCUCCUCUCGCCCUGUUCACGGGUCUCGUAAUCUUUAUCAGUCAAUCAAUCAAGUCCUCUCGCAAACUACACGUUCCAAUAGGCACGAAAGAUCUAGACACAGCUCCUGUAAUGCAAGAAUCAGCUCUGAAUGUCAAAAUAGUCACCAAUUGUGCCAGAGGACAUUAAAAUAAUGUUGGCGCCGAGUGGACACCUGGCUCCUGGUUUGUGCCUCGCCUAAGGCUCGCCAUAAAGGCUGACUUUACUUAAAUGUUCAUCUAAUUGGGCUUGUGGGAGAGGGGGGAUUGAGCCAGGGCAUGAAUGCGUGGCAUUUGAUGCCCUCAGGGUUACGUCCUGGCGGUUUGUUCCUGCGGUGUAGAGCUGGUGCCCGGAGGCGAAUUUGUGGAGAGGUGUUGGAGGGUCCUGGAGGCUCCUGUGGAUUUGUGUAGGGCACCUGACUCCUGCUCCGCCAGGGGUAUAGCUACCCUGUAUGUGGUGUGGGUAGCUGGUGCCUGCCCUACAGUUAGUGAGCAGGUGUCACCAGUGAGUCUUUGGCAAGGCGGUUUAGUUUACAUUUGCCUUGUUAUUUAGCUGGGUAUACCCGUUUGGUUCCUUACUGGGGACUGGUUCGGCAGGGUGCUCAUGGCUAGUUCUGUCGUCAUCCCUGAUGGACAUCAGCAACUUCAACACGUCGGCCAUGAAUAUACCCGUCAAGAAUAUGCCAGCUGAUGCCACAGUGAUAGCACCAACAACACAUGAUGAAAAUCAAUCGAACUUGACAGCAUCAACUCAGCAAUAUCAUCACCUCCCUCCCCAAGGCAAGACUCCUGCAGGUGCAGGAGAUGGUAGACACGUUCCCUCACACUACCUCCAUCGUGACACGUGCCACACCCGGGGUGACGAGGCUGACGACUCCACCUUGCUCAGCUCUUCUGGCCCCCAGCACAGUCCUGGUGACGUGGCCGAGAUUUACAAAAGGCCACCAUUUUCUUAUAGUCAGCUGAUUUCACAAGCAAUUUCUUCGUCUCCAAACAAACAGCGUACACUGAGGGGUAUAUAUUCAUAUAUCACAAAGAAAUAUCCAUAUUUCCAAUCAGAUGCCAAAAGAUGGAAGAGAUCCAUUCAUCGUAACCUCUCAAGAUGCGAUAAAUUCAUCAAACUGGAACGUUCUCUGGGCAAAGCUUGCUUCUGGAAAAUUGAUUCAUCGUGGAAGUUGAAGAGAAAGAGGAAAUUGCGACGACACGUUGUUCCUGUCUUUAAGGCUCCCAUCACUUCCUUAAAAAGGAGCUUGGAAGACGCAAGGCUGAGAAUGGAGACAAGUGGUGCAGUAAAGGUUAGGAAGCUGGAUCUCCAGCCCGCCUCUGCCACCAUGGCAUCACAGUGCUCUUUGGGCGCCAAAGUGGUGCAAUGCUGCGGCAGAAGUUGGCCGACAGCCCCCGAGUCGUCGUCAUGGCAGGGGUCGCCAGUACACAAGUACACGGACUUCGCCACAUCAUACCUCACAGAUUCUCUGAUUGCCACAGCUGUUAAUUCUACUGUGGAUGCCAUUAACACUGCAGCAGGUGCUGUUACUACUACUGCUACUACUACAGCUGUGGGUGCUAUUACUACUACUACAGCUGCAGAGGCUCUUACUACUACUACUACAGGUGCUCUUAUUACUACUACUACAGCUGCAGAGGCUCUUACUACUACUACUACAGGUGCUCUUAUUACUACUACUACAGCUGCAGAGGCUCUUACUACUACUACAGCUGCAGAGGCUCUUACUACUACUACUACUACAGGUGCUCUUAUUACUACUACUACAGCUGCAGAGGCUCUUACUACUACUACUACUACAGGUGCUCUUAUUACUACUACUACAGCUGCAGAGGCUCUUACUACUACUACUACUACAGGUGCUCUUAUUACUACUACUACAGCUGCAGAGGCUCUUACUACUACUAUGGCUGCAGGAGUAACGAUGAAAGAAUGGGGAGUUAGUGAGAUGUGUGAUGAGUACCGUGAGGGGCAGGAUGAUGCAGCACACCUGCUUAAUGUUAAUGGCAACAUGGUGGUCUCGGGCCAUGGUGCCACCGACGUUACUACCAACUCGAUGGUCGCGGGCCACGAUGCCACCGACGUUACUACCAACACGAUGGUCUCGGGCCAUGAAGCAACCAGUUUUAGCCAGGGCAAUAAGCAGUCAGAAAGGGUCCAUUUAAAAGACCAAACAUCACCAUCUCUGGGAGGCCCGGGAACAUCAUCUCUGGGAGGUCUGGAUGACCCAGCGGUGCCCAGUCUAGAAGUCCCAGCAUCAUCCCGUCUAGAAGUCCCAGCAUCAUCCCAUCUAGAAGUCCCAGCAUCAUCACGUCUAGAAGGCCCAGCAUCAUCACGUCUAGAAGGCCCAGCAUCAUCACGUCUAGAAGUCCCAGCAUCAUCACGUCUAGAAGUCCCAGCAUCAUCCCGUCUAGAAGUCCCAGCAUCAUCCCGUCUAGAAGUCCCAGCAUCAUCCCGUCUAGAAGGCCCAGCAUCAUCCCGUCUAGAAGGCCCAGCAUCAUCCCGUCUAGAAGGCCCAGCAUCAUCACGUCUAGAAGGCCCAGCAUCAUCACGUCUAGAAGGCCCAGCAUCAUCCCGUCUAGAAGUCCCAGCAUCAUCACAUCUAGAAGGCCCAGCAUCAUCACAUCUAGAAGGCCCAGCAUCAUCACGUCUAGAAGGCCCAGCAUCAUCACGUCUAGAAGGCCCAGCAUCAUCACAUCUAGAAGACCCAGCAUCAUCACGUCUAGAAGGCCCAGCAUCAUCACGUCUAGAAGGCCCAGCAUCAUCACGUCUAGAAGGCCCAGCAUCAUCACGUCUAGAAGGCCCAGCAUCAUCACGUCUAGAAGGCCCAGCAUCAUCACGUCUAGAAGGCCCAGCAUCAUCACGUCUAGAAGGCCCAGCAUCAUCACGUCUAGAAGGCCCAGCAUCAUCACGUCUAGAAGGCCCAGCAUCAUCACGUCUAGAAGGCCCAGCAUCAUCACGUCUAGAAGGCCCAGCAUCAUCACGUCUAGAAGGCCCAGCAUCAUCACGUCUAGAAGGCCCAGCAUCAUCACGUCUAGAAGGCCCAGCAUUGUCAUCCUGCAGCCCCAACAGUGAGGGCAAGAAACGGUCAAAAAUGGGUCACUUGGCUAGCCCAGCAUCAUUUUGUCACGAGGGUCAAGCAUCAUCUUGGCUGGAGGACCAAGUGUCAUCAUGGUUGAAGGGCUCAGUGUCGUCCUUGCUAGAGGGUUCUGUGUUGCAGUGGCUGGAAGGCCCAGCACCGUCACAUCUGGAGGGCUUAGUGCCAUCACAUCUGGAAGGCCCAGCACCGUCACAUCUGGAAGGCCCAGCACCGUCACAUCUGGAAGGCCCAGCACCGUCACAGCUGGAGGGCUUAGUGCCGUCACAUCUGGAAGGCCCAGCACCGUCACAUCUGGAAGGCCCAGCACCGUCACAGCUGGAGGGCUUAGUGCCGUCACAUCUGGAAGGCCCAGCACCGUUACAGCUGGAGGGCUUAGUGCUGUCACAUCUGGAAGGCCCAGCACCGUUACAUCUAGAAGGCCCAGCACCGUCACAUCUGGAAGGCCCAGCACCGUCACAUCUGGAAGGCCCAGCACCAUCACAUCUGGAAGGCCCAGCACCGUCACAUCUGGAAGGCCCAGCACCGUCACAUUUGGAAGGCCCAGCACCGUCACAUCUGGAAGGCCCAGCACCGUCACAUCUGGAAGGCCCAGCACCGUUACAUCUGGAAAGCCCAGCAACGUCACAUCUGGAAGGCCCAGCACCGUUACAUCUGGAAGGCCCAGCACCGUUACAUCUGGAAGGCCCUGCAUCGUGUCUUGAAGAUAAAGUGUCAUCACAUCUGGGAGACCCAGCAUCUCGGCAUCUACGAGGCCGAGCAGCAUCAUCGUGCAAACGCAACACUAAGGUACAUAGCAGUGACACUUUUGUGAACUCCAGUUGUGAGGACAACUCUACUGAGGCUGAUGACAGUGACAGUGACUGGACUCCAUGUGGCAGGAACAGUGACACUGCGAACUCCAGUGAUGAGUAUUUCAGUGACAGCAAUGAGGGCAAUAAAAGUAUAAAUAAAAAGGAUAAAUGUGAAAAGCCUAAAAAAGUUGCUUCACAAAAAGUCCCAAGUAAAAACUUGAACUUAACUGGACCUCUCAGUACUCAAGGGAAGAGUGACGCUGCAGAUUUCAGUGACAGUGGUGCGGGCAAGAAAAGUACAUGCAAAAAUAAAAAGGAUAAAUGUGCAAAGCCUAAAAAAGUUGCUUCAGAAAAGGUCCCAAGUAAAAACUUGAACUUAACUAGAUCUCUCAGUACUCAAGAUGCUGAGUUUGAUGUGCAUCGGUCACUUGGACCAUUUCCAUACAACCCUCUUCGGAACAAGAGAGGCUUGUCAGAAAAUAUGGCUUCACAACAUUCCCCGAGUGACAGUGUACAAUUAGAGAAACCUCUCGCUGCUAAGAGACCAGGGACCUCAAGUGACAGUGUACAAUUAGAGAAACCUCUCACUGCUAAGAGACCAUUUACCUCUAGUGACAGUGUACAAUUAGAGAAACCUCUCGCUGCUAAGAGACCAUGGACCUCAAGUGACAGUGUACAAUUAGAGAAACCUCUCACUGCUAAGAAACCAGGGACCUCAAGUGACAGUGUACAAUUAGAGAAACCUCUCGCUGCUAAGAGACCAGGGACCUCAAGUGACAGUGUACAAUUAGAGAAACCUCUCGCUGCUAAGAGACCAUGGACCUCUAGUGACAGUGUACAGUUAGAGAAACCUCUCGCUGCUAAGAGACCAGGGACCUCUAGUGACAGUGUACAAUUAGAGGAACCUCUCGCUGCUAAGAGACCAGGGACCUCAAGUGACAGUGUACAAUUAGAGGAACCUCUCACUGCUAAGAGACCAGGGACCUCAAGUGACAAUGUACAAUUAGAGAAACCUCUUGCUGCUAAGAGACCAGGGACCUCAAGUGACAGCGUACAAUUAGAGAAACCUCUCGCUGCUAAGAGACCAUGGACCUCAAGUGACAGUGUACAAUUAGAGGAACCUCUCGCUGCUAAGAGACCAGGGACCUCAAGUGACAGUGUACAAUUAGAGAAACCUCUCACUGCUAAGAGACCAGGGACCUCAAGUGACAAUGUACAAUUAAGGACACCUUUCACUGCUAAGAGACCAUGGACCUUAAGUGACAGUGUACAAAUGGGGAAACUUCUCACUGCUAAGAGACCAGGGACCUUAAGUGACAGUGUACAAUUAGAGAAACCUCUCGCUGCUAAAAGACCAGGGACCUCAAGUGACAGUGUACAAUUAGAGAAACCUCUCGCUGCUAAAAGACCAGGGACCUCAAGUGACAGUGUACAAUUAGAGAAACUUCUCGCUGCUAAGAGACCAGGGACCUCAAGUGACAGUGUACAAUUAGAGAAACUUCUCGCUGCUAAGAGACCAGGGACUUCGAGUGACAGUGUACAAUUAGAGAAACUUCUCGCUGCUAAGAGACCAGGGACUUCGAGUGACAGUGUACAAUUAGAGAAACCUCUCACAGCUGAAGACAUGCAGGUCACUGCUGCCAAGAGAUCACAUCAGACACAAGAGUCAAUUCCGUCCACUUCUCACAAGAAUGGAUCAGGUUUGUGUGAAAACGUUGCUUCCCAGCAGUCCUCAAAUAACAAACUGCACUUGAGAGAUCCUCUCAUCAUUCAAGACGAGCAAUUCAGUGCCUCAAAUGCACUAUGCGAGUCACCGGGAUCAUAUUCAUGUGAUUCUCACCAGAAUUUGAGAGGUUUCCCUGAAAAUAUUCUCUCACAACACUUCCCAUGCGACAAAGCACAUUUCAAGGAACCACUUAGCACUGAAGAAAAGCAAUUCAUUAUAUUGAAUGGACCAUGUCAACCACCAGGACCAUUUCCACCCAGUUCUCUGCUGAAUGGAAAAUGUUUCUCUGAGUCAUACUACACCGUGGUAAACAAAGCCGGCGUGAGAUUCCCACGACGGUGGCUCUGCUAUUCGACAGCAUCGGACUAUGCAUACUGUGAGGCAUGCUGGCUUUUUGCAGAUGCAGAGGGGGAGAGCUCUUGGAUAACAGGAACGAGUGAUUGGUAUUGGAUUGAAAGUAAUAUUAAAAGACACGAAAGUUCUAGCCACCAUCUGCAGUGCUGCAUGAUACUUGAGCAGAAACGUUUGCAGGAGAAUUUGAUGAAGAAUGUGCAGGAAGAUACAAGAAAGAAUGCAGUCUUCUGGAGACAGGUUUUGGAAAGAAUAAUCAGUACAACACUGACACUAGCUGCCUCCUACAUAUCGCUGGGAAGUAGAAAGGAACAAGGAACUAUAUUUGAUUAUCAUGGGAAUUUUCUUUCCAUUAUUACACUGCUAGCAAAACAUGAUCCUGUGCUGGACAAGCUGCUACGUAUGCCAGGAGCAGCGAGUAAGUUCUACAGUCUGAAAUUACACAAGGACCUGAUUGAUUUACUUUCCAAGGGCAUCAGAGAUGAAAUAAUAAAAAACGUGAAUACGGCACCAUUCUUCUCCGUGAUGAUGACCACGACACAAGAUCUGGGCAACACAAGCCACCUUAGUCAGGUAGUUCGUUACGUUUCUGUCUGCAAUGAUCACAAUGGUAAACCACUAGAAAUACAAAUCAAAGAAUCCUUCAUGGGUUUUGUUUCUACUGACGGUCAUUCAGCAGAGGGACUUGACAUAUUAAAACUACGCGGUCACGGUUAUGAUGGGACUGCUUGUAUGAGUGGUGUAUAUGCAGAUUUGCAAGCAGCCAUUAACUCUAUGCAACCAAAAGCUGAUUAUGUCCAUUGUGCUGCUCACAACUUGAACGUAGUCCUGAAGGAUGCAAUGUCUAGUGUACCAGAGGUGAAGAAGUUCUUCACUAUUAUAAAACAUGUACACAGUUUUUUCUCUCAAAACUUCAGUCAGUGGCACAAACUUGCCUACUUUUCAUCUGUAUCUAAUGUCGCUCUAGAGUGUUUAUAUUCAUCAAGUUGGUCAUCGUGGCAUGACACACUCUUAGCUUUUCGUUAUGCCUUGGCAGACGUUCACAAACUUCUAAGCAAUAUUACUCUCCUGAGCAAGAAGGAAGAGGAAGUAUCUGAAGCAACUGUUCUUCUAUCAAACAUUGAGCAAUUUCAAUUUAUCUUUCUUACUGUACUAGUUACUAACAUUUUUGAGUCUAUCAGCAGUGCCUCGAUACUACUCGAGUCUCCACGGUGUGAUCUCGGCAAAGCUGCAGUUCUUCUCCGAACAUCGUAUACUGCUCUACAGGAAACUAAAAACAAGUAUGGUUCCAUCUGGGAGAUUUCUGUAGGGAUUGCCAGAAUGUGGGGAGUAUCGGAGUGCUUCGAAGAGUUCCAACCACCAAGAGUUGACAAACUUAACGACAAACUCACUGAUAGCAAAAGAUCAAAAUAUUCUGAAAAAUGGUUCAAAGUGAAUGUGUUUUAUGCUACACUAGACAUAGCUUCCACACAGACUAAACUUCGUUCUGAUAGUCUGACUCAUGUAGUAUCUACGUUCAAAGCCAUUCAGCCGUCAGUACUAGUGUCGGCUACUGACGACGAAUUGUUUGCAGCUGGAGAAAUACUAGUUAGACAAUAUGAAGCAGACUUGUCGCCAACUCUACCCAACCAACUUCUUGCAUUUAGAUCGUUGAUUAAACCUGAACUCGGUAAGAUGUCAACAGUGCUGGAAAUGGCUUCACUUUUAAUGGUGGAAAAGUACGUUCUCUCUGCGAGUUUUCCGGAUAUCUGCACGGCAUGCACAUUAUUUCUCACAUUACCAGUUACAGUGGUAACAUGUGAGUCGUCCUUGUCAAAACUGCAGCACAUUAACAGCUAUCUUAAAAGCGUUAUGUCUCAAGACAGACUCGGUAGUCUGGCCAUGUUAUCAGUUGAGAAUGAACAUGGAAAGAAGCUGAACAUGUCAACCAUCAUUGACACAUUAGUCAUGCUGGUUACGAGAGAAUCUGCUGCAGUAGUUUACAAAACCGUGAAGUGCCCUUAUUGCUCACCUGCCCCGCGAGGAGGUCAUCGCCGGAAUGAAACUUCACAUAAACGUUAUAAUCCAUACCUCAAUCGACGGAGGGAACAGAUCGACGCCAUCGAGCCUAUACCCCAUUCCUCCCACACGGGGUUAAGGAGAGCAGAUCUCACUCGCAGGCACCCCCGCCCCUUCAUCAAGGUCAGCCACCCCGUCGGAUAGGAGGUUACGAGACCAUAUCUCAUCCUGGUAACAUGAUGUUACGGAUUCAUACCCACUCACCUGCGCAACCCCUUCACCAGGACAUAAACGACACACCGCUGUGCAUAGAUUUGGCAUCCAGCAGCAGCAGCAGCAGUGGUGAGAAUC